AUGGGCAGGCUUAUUGAUAUUACUGGCGCUGUAGGUACUUGUUACCUUGGAGUAGCUCGGAAUGCUCGAGUUAUUGAUGCAGUUGCUCAAUCUCGCUGGAACAUUCGAGGCCAGCGUAGUCGUCACUUUCAUGCUUUAUAUGAGAGUAUCCAGAAUAUUCAGGUGCCGCAGGAAGAUCAGGGGAGGGAUAAGGUUCUUUGGAAACAUGCAGAGGACACUUAUAAAGCGCAGUUCUCAUCGGUUCGAACAUGGGAUCAGAUACGUGUGAGAAAGGCCACUGUACCUUGGAGUAAAUGUGUCUGGUUCACUCAAGGAGUCCCUAGAUACUCCUUCAUUGUCUGGCUGGCUGUUAAGAACAUACUUUCUACAGGAGACCGUAUGCGGACGUGGGGCAUUCAGCAAGGGUGUGUGAUGUGUGGUGAGUGGGAUGAGACAAGGGAUCACGUCUUCUUUGCUUGCCCUUACACAUACUCUGUUUGGGAUAGACUAGCAGGCAGUUUGUGUGGCAGAAGGAUCAAUCCAGACUGGUCGCUUACUCUGCAGUUUGUUACUAACAAUAAUCUUCAGCUUAUGGAUAAGAUCCUACUGAAAAUGGUGUUCCAGACUUGUGUUUACUAUAUGUGGAAGGAGAGUAAUGAGCGCAGACACCAGAGAGGCUUUCGUACGGUGGACCAAGCUAUCCGGAUCGUUGAUAAAGCCAUACGGAACAGGAUCAGCUCUCUUCGUUAUGGGCCGGUUCACCGGUUUGCUGGACUGCUUCAACAUUGGCUUGAAGUAUUUGACAGGACAUAG